AUGCCCUCUUCACUAUCUCCAUCUCCAUCUCAAUCUCAGAACCCAUAUCUUCAAACCAUCCUAGAAUCAGCUCGUCCAUUCCUCCGUGGAGAGCUCGAAUCCGUCGACAAAAACCUACCUUCCCUUGUCGUUGUCCUGCGCUCCGUCGGCGCCGGCGAGUGCUGGCACAAGCACGGUAGCUUUCUCGAUCAUCUUGUCGACAUAUAUCGCAUUCUAAAGCUUUGGAAAGCACCAGAUUCUGUGUGCCUUUGUGGGCUGUUCCACUCUGCUUACUCCAACUCUUACGUCAAUCUCGCAAUCUUCGAUCCUUCCACUGGCCGCGACACCGUUCGCAACCUCGUCGGAGAAGCCGCCGAGCGUUUGAUCCACUUGUUCUGUAUUGUUCCGCGCCAGCCUCUUAUUCACGAUGAUCUGUUGUUCAAUUAUACGGAUUUGGAACUCGUUGAACACCUUAAGGUUUCGGAGACUUCGUUGAAGAACGCUAAAGAAAAGGGGUUGUUCGAUGAAGAAGAAAUCUGGAGGAAGAAACUGCAAUCGAUUCUUCCUGCUAAUGGAAUUACAGUGAAGCACAUAAAAACCGGUGAAGAUAUGCCGAUUUCGCGGAGGUUGGUUGCUGUUUUUCUUUUGAUGACAAUGGCGGAUUUUAGUGAUCAGCUAUUUGGAUUUCAGGAUGCUUUGUUCGAAAAUUCGGAUGGCCGUCUUGAAUUUUCCGGCAACAAUUUUGUCGUUUUGUGGCCCGGCGACGGCAAGCCAGGACUGUGGAUGAACUCCGUAUCAAGAAUGGGAGCAAUAUACACUCUGAUAGUGAGAGAAGAAGAGAUUUUCAUGGAACACAGAAAAUCAAAAGGCCAUGAAGGGGAAUUUCUUGACAGAGACGAAGAAAUUGAGCUUGUGAUACCACCAGUUUUUGAGAACUGCACUAAGGUUUUGGAUGCAGGCGAGCAGAUAGGUGCAAGAGACUUGUAUUGGGAAGGUGUUUGUGAUAUGUCUAAGAGAGGGUUGGAGAGAGCAGAGGAUAUGUUGUUGAUGAGUGUGAAGAAGAAUGGUUUUGUUGGGGAGCCUCAUGUGGUGUUGGGUCAGAUUUAUUUGAGUAGAGGGAGGUUUGAGGACGCUGAGAUUGAGGCUGAGAAAGGGCUUACACUCUUGUUGGAGUGGGGAAGUCCUUGGGAUAAGAGAAUGUCAUGGGAAGGGUGGGUUGCUUGGGCUAGGGUUUUGUUGAUGAAGGCCAAGGACAGGUCCUGGCCAGACAGUUCUUGGGGCAUCCUCAACUUGGGUCUCGUGAGGUAA